CACGAAAUGUCAAUUUGACAUUUCUGUACGAUGUGAGUACACAUAACCUCUGAACCAUUAUUUAGAUAUACUCUCGCGCUUAUCACUUCUUGAAACGUGUUUUUAUUUAACAGAAUAAUUGAAACCAUGGAUGGAAUCUGUUACGUGAAGAAAGAAUUCCUGAUUGCCACAGAAGCUCGGUCCAAUGCAUCGGAAAGUAAUUCCAAUGCACCCGAACUGCCAGACACAACGAAGAGCUGUGAUAACGUAAAUCAGAAUGAGUCGGUCGAUGGGAGUGAGAAGAGAAAAUGUUCAGAACUGGAGGAGGGACAGGAGCCGAAGCGGAAAAAGUACGACAAGAAAAAUCGCGGGCAAAAUAAGGGCCGGCAUCAAAAUCGAUUUCAUCACAUCAAAGAGGACAAUUUGUGUAAGUCAUUGUUCAAUGGCAGUGAUAACGCAACGAAAUGCGCAUACGAAAAAUGUAAAUUUAUCCACGACAUCCACAAAUAUAUGGAGAACAAACCCGCAGAUGUGGCUGGUACAUGCUACAUAUAUUCGACGAAGGGAUUUUGCGAACGUGGAUUAACCUGUAGAUUUUCUGGAAGCCAUUUAGAUGAAAAUUUGAAUAAUUUAAAGGCUGAAUUCUACAAUCCGAAUGCCGGGAAUGAUACGAAAAAUCAGAUCAGCUACGACCUUCAAGUUACGCUACGAAAGCGCAACUACAAUUUCGACCUGUCCAAGAAAAUUUUAGCUGAGAUUGACGCCGAAAAGAAACAAAAAAAGGAAAGUCCAGAGGAAAAACCAAUGGGCUUUGUGCCAGAUACAGACGUCAUCAAGGAGAGAGUUGACGAGAAAAGGUCAAUUAAUUUUCGUGAAAAGUUGUUCUUGAGCCCAUUGACGACUGUGGGUAAUCUCCCGUUUCGUCGGAUUUGCAAAGAGUUCGGUGCCGAUGUUACAUGUGGUGAAAUGGCUUGCGCUGUUCCGAUUUGUAAUGGACUUUCGCAAGAGUGGGCUCUGACCAAGCGACACUCUUCAGAAGACUUAUUUGGCGUACAGUUAUGUGCAAAUAAUCCCCAACUGCUAACGUUCGCGUGUCAAUUAUUGAAAGAAAACGCAGAAGUGGACUUCAUCGAUCUUAAUCUGGGAUGUCCGAUUGAAUUGAUCUAUGGACAGGGUGCCGGCAGUGCAUUAAUUCGACGACCGAAUGUGCUGGAGAUUAUGGUCAGAAGUUGUAGUCGAUUACUUGGCGAAACUCCAUUUACUGUCAAGACCCGCACCGGAGUCUAUGCUAACAAAAGUGUUGCCCACGAACUUGUACCUAAGUUCGAAGAAUGGGGCACGAGUUGUAUUACAAUCCAUGGUAGAUCCAAGGAACAGCGAUACACAAAACGAGCUGAUUGGGAGUAUAUUGAAGAAUGUGCAUCGAAAGCAACAAAAGUGCCGGUUAUCGGUAAUGGAGACAUUCUAAAUUUCGAGGAUUACAAUGCAUCGAGGGCUGCAGCUCCUAGUCUUUCUGGAGUUAUGAUUGGUAGAGGUGGUCUGAUUAAGCCAUGGCUAUUCAAAGAAAUCAAAGAGCAAAAACAUUGGGAUCCGUCAAGCAGCGAACGAUUUGAUAUAAUUAAAAAGUACGUCAACUAUGGACUCGAACACUGGGGAAGCGACACUAAAGGCAUCGAAAAUACCCGAAGAUUCUUCCUCGAAUGGCAAUCCUUCCUGUAUCGCUACGUGCCAUUUGGUCUGCUCGAAAGGCCACCGCAACGGAUCAACGAGCGCCCGGAUGCGUACCAUGGACGAGAUGAUCUGGAAACGUUGAUGGCAUCAGGGAAAUGUAGCGAUUGGAUCAAAUUAAGUGAAAUGCUAUUGGGACCGGUUCCGGAUGGAUUCACUUUUUUGCCGAAACAUAAAGCGAAUUCGUUUUGAUUUGUUGAUAAGAUCAAAUUGUAAAUGAAAGCUGAGGAACAUUAAAGGUGCUCUUCUGCAGACUA